AUGAACGUCGAUCCCGCUCUCCCAGGCGAUCUGGUGAACGAGAGCGACGCCGCUCCCCUCGUCGUCGCUCUGACUCUAAGCUCCACCAUCGUUCCCGCCCCCGAGAUGAUCGAGCUCCGGGGAGCACGAGCAUCUUCUGUACAGCCUAGAUCCGGGGACGCCGAGCUCUACGCCAUCGACCUGAAAGGCGAUCGGUUUAUUAUUACGUACGGAACAUCGCAUCGCUAUGAAGUCCCUUCGUACCGCCGGGUUGGCUUUGGUCAGGUGCUGGGUGUAGCUACAAAUCUGGUCAUUGAUCGAAAUCAGCCAGAUAUCGAUAGCGUCGUUCUACGCCCCAAAGGCACGGCAACUGCAAAGGAUAAGGCUUCCCAACCGCUGUCCAAGCUUCUCAAGCAGCCAACACAGCUCUACCGUCUCCGAAAGAGUGAUGACCCAUCUUCUAUUGAGGAUUGGAUGAAUGACACUAUUCAACUCAGCUCUUCUAUCUCAGGGAAGCCUGGCACCACCGCCGAUGACGGUGGCUCCGACGAUGAGCGUCAUGCCUACCGCUCUAUCCUUGGCAAGGCAAAGGAUGAAGACAUGGUUCCAAGUGAUAUGGAACUUGUUAGUGGCCAAGAAAAUCGGGAUGAUGACUUUCGUGUCAGUUUUGAUGCGGAACGCCGAGCUCGUAAUGCAGAUCUAUUACGUGCGGUUGAUUCUAAUCCAAAAGACGUUGCAGCAUGGCUUCGGCUCAUUGACCACCAAAAUACUCUGGUCCUCGGUGCCGGGGAGGAUUCCCGUCAAUUGACGGCUGCAGAGCGCAGGAGCGUGGCCGAUGUGAAGAUGUCCCUUUAUGACAAGGCUUUGAAAAAGUCUGGCGAUGCUAUACAUAGAGACUUCCUGUUAUUAGGACGCCUACAGGAUGGCGGGCAGGUCUGGGACCGAAAGAAACUUUUGGCGGAGUGGAACACUACCUUGAAAAAAAACACUGAAUCGAUCAGUCUCCAGGUGAAGUAUCUCGACUUCCGCCAGACGGACUUCCAAGAUUUUUCCCUGGAUGAGUGCAAGGAACUCUUUAUCGAUUGCAUGAAAUGCAUUGACGCCAACCCUAACUAUUCUCGCCACUCUCAAGUUCAAUGCUACUUGCUUCUGCGUCUCACGCUCUUGCUUCGCGAAGCAGGGUAUGCAGAACUUGCUGUUGGCUUCUGGCAGGCUGUGCUUGAGUUCAGUUGUUUUCGAUCGCCUUCUCUCCUAGAGACGCAGCAUCGGGAGGCCGUCCUCCAGUUCUCUGAAUUUUGGGAUUCAGAAGUGGCACGCAUCGGAGAGGCUGGUGGAACAGGAUGGCGGAGCGGCACAAGCCCCAAAGUUGAUCCUGUGAAUCAUCACCUACGCGUCCACGUCGACCCUUCGACCCUUUUCCCAUCAUGGCGGGAUGCCGAGAGAGCGCGGAUACAAUUGUUCCAGAUGCCAGCCCGAAGUUUGGAUGAAUACGGAGCCGAUGUGGAUACGGCAUACUCGGUGGUGCUCGGGUCAGACUUCCACGACAUUUUGCCGUCAUUUUGGGGUGAUACUGUCUGCGAGUAUAUCAUUGAUGCUUUCCUGUACUUCUGCCAUUUGCCACAUUUGACUGUACCUUCAAAUUUGAAGACAACUCGACUGUGGAGCGGUGAUAAUUUCCUACGAAACGAAUUCGUGGCCAGUGUUAAGAGCAAACUCUCUGAUUGGGUUCCUUCCGAGGUCGAUGGCUCGCGAACUUCCGUAUCACCUUUCUCAUUCCCAGUCGCGAACUUCUUGCAUACUACGGAGACCUUGUUCGCUCCAGAGAAGUGGUUUUAUUCUCUUCAAUCAUGGAGCAAAGCCAUUUUUGACACGCCGAGCUUCAUCGACUUUGACUGGGCACGACGGACCCUGCGAUCAUUGGUUGACCGUUUCGAUCAGGAUUGCGAAUUAGCUGAGUAUGCUCUGGCGGUGGAAUUCGCGUGCGACCGCGAAGCAGCAACAAAAUUCGGAAAACGGUUGUUAAAAACCCGCUCAUCCAAGUUAAGACUCUACAAUGCCUUCGCUUUGAUGCAGUGGCGGUCCGAUAAACAAGAUCUUGCUGUUGAACUUCCGGGGGUGGAAAAGCUGAACUGCGGACUCCUCUGGAACACAUGGGCCUGGGAAGUUCUUCAAUCUGGAGACUUUCGGAGAGCAUCGUAUCUCCUGCAUGCUAUGUCCCUGGAAGAGGUCGACUUGACAGCAUUCCAUGCCGCCAUCGCUCCCAAUCAGUACAACCCCACUGAGAGGCUCAGAACGCAAAAGUUCUUGCAAGAAACUUGCCACCGUGCCCUGGCCCACAGGGAGUCCCAGGUGUACGCGGCUUACACUGACUGCCUCGGCCUUCUUCUCUAUAUCUCAGACAGAUCCCUCGGUGCAGCACUUGACGCUUACUCCGCGGCAGUCUUGGAACUGAGAAACUUGCCGCCUGAUGAGGAAAACUACAAGGCGUUUACCGCCGAGCUUCUACAUCAGGCGCGGGCCAGACUCAUCUAUUUUCACGUCAGCCAGAAUAGGGAAUUCAAGCCUCUUCAGAUUCAUACUUUCUUGAAGGAAAGUAUAUCACUCUUCCCCCACAACACUAUGUUCCUAUCCCUCUUCAUGUGGAACGAGUUACGCUUUCCGAUCUUUGAUCGGGUCCGUGAUCCCUUGGCUCUCAUCAACGCUGACCCUGAGAGGCGGUAUCAGCUGCAUGAGCAAUCUGCUCUGCCAAUCAUCAUUCCCCAGAGGGUACCUGUGUCCACCCAUCUGUUUUCCAUCUACAUGGAACUUUGUCGGCCAGUGUUCACGGGUGGGACCAUACACUCUGUGCGGGCCGCAUUUGAAAGAGCCAUUGGCGAGCAUUCAAACUCGGUGUCAAAUGGAGCGGAUGACAAGGUGGCAGGCAAGAGCUUCGAUGGCGACAGCGCGCGGUCCAAUCUCACCAUCUGGAAGCUGUACAUGCUCUUUGAGCUGGACCGUGCGCAGGAUAUCAAGGCCGCUAAGGCCGUCUUUUACCGCGCGAUCCGUGCCUGUCCCUGGUCCAAGGAGUUACCCAUGCUCGCCUUUGAGCGUCUUGGGGGGCAACAGCAAGGUCUGAGCUUCGAUGACCUGCGUGAGCUGUACAAUGUGCUGGAUGAGAAGCAGCUGCGCAUCCAUGUGGACAUUAGCAAGGAACUGAAGGAGGCGACUGUCCAAAGCUCGAAGGAGGAUGCAGAUAUGGGUGCCAAGGGACAAUCGGAGGACGGUGAGGGGGCGUAA